GAAAAUGAGGUUAGCAAUGCCUCCGCACAACAAAAAAAGGAGGUUAGCAACGCCUCCGCACGGGUAAAAAGUUCUGGUGCUAAGAAGACCGUAGCUAGGAAAAAAACUACCACCAAGUAUAGGUCGUGCCUCAGGACAUUUCUAGAGAUGACCGAUAUACCGACCGGAGGUGUUCGGACCCUACAUAUGGAGGUAGGGAUUUUCGGCUUUGAUUACGACCAAAUGAUUGGUAAUGAAGACUUCAUGCAAGUUUUUAGUCAUGAAGAAAUCGGCGUCAACGUUGUCAAUACAUAUAUUAGGUUUUUGUAUGACAAAUUGAUGCGCCCCAAUGGUUUGGACGUGUCAUUCGGAUUCUUAGCACCCGCGACCGUCAACUUAGUUUUAAUCUUAAAUAGACCGGAUACCGUGACGGAGUACGUUCUUCGGAUCCUCAUGGACAAUAAAGAUGCGGAGAAGUUGUUUUUUAUACCGUUUAAUACCGGUGGACAUUGGUUGUUGCUCGCAAUCAAUCCUAUCCGAGAAAUUGUGUAUUAUCUUGACUCGUUAGGAAAUGAUUGGACAACAUACCCGGAUAUGAAGGUCCUAAUUGACACCGUCCUACAAGCUUUUCGGGCCCAACGAGUUAUCCAAACCUCAAGGAGGGAACUUGCAUUGUGCUUCACUGAUCCAGCAUCUACAAGCAUUACUGAGCUUUCUGCAAGCAAGGAAUCACCAUUUUCAAGCCAAAUCGAGGACUGUAGCAAGAAGCUUCAUCAAUGGCAGCUGGUGAUUUGA